AUGCAUUUCACCAGUGUCGUUCGCGCCCUCUUCCUCCUCUUCCUCACCAUUGAGGCCGCACCUACCCCACAGACCGCCGGUGCCUCUGGAGGAGACCUUUCUACGCUGAGCGGCGUCAGCGGCCCUGAAACCAGUGGAGACAACGCUGCGUUCGGUGGCGUCGCCAACAGUGGAGAUGUCACGGCAGCAAACGCCGGUGAUGUCGGCAACGCUUUCAGUGGCAACAACAACACCACCGACAACCCGGUCGCCAGCGACAACGAGAUCGUUCCUGUCACUCUCGGAUUACCGUGA